UGAUUGAAUGCAUUUCAUAAACAUGCAACCCGUGUUUUUGUGCUAACACUGUGUCUAAACGAAAAAUGGUAAGUUUUUGAAUAUAUUCAUUAACUUUUCGUAAAUGGUUAUGUUGUUGUGCUCUUGUUAGUAGUUAUAGUAGCCUUAAUAUGCCCCAUCUCACUCAUUUGUUAUGAUUCGUUCCUGUCAUUAUUUACAAUCGGCAACGUAUAUCUGUCUCUUUCUCUCGCACUGUCUCCUUGCAAUAGGUUUUUCAUUUUUAAGUACGCGACGGAGACCGAAGGAAAGCGGGCCCCAAUGGAAAAAUAUGAACAAUAUACUCUUAAAAAUUAUUGAUUUUUCGUUAAAAAAAACAAGCUAACUAAUUGCAUAGGCGACGUUGCUUUGUGCGGUCCUCUGACAAUGUAUUAACAAGCUGCAUGUUCCAGUAUUUACCGAAAAAUCUCUAGUCUGAAAGUUUCUACUUAAAAAGUAUUCAAUGUACUUAAACUAUUAAAAAACAUAUUUUUAGAAUUAGAUCUGUGAUACAAAACAUUUACGUGGACUUAAUAAACGUGCAAUUUUUAAAUAACUUUUGUGCAAUUUUUACAAAUUAAGGUUUGGCCAAAGAUAAAUAAAUAAAAAUUAACUUUUUAAUAAUGUUUUGGUGAUACUAUCUGUGGGCGCGAUUUUAACACAAGAUGGCGCUGCCGCCGCAACAGUUUUGCGUGAGGUGGAACUCCUACCACACAAAUUUACAGGCGGUAUUUCCCCGUUUGCUUCUAACGGAGCAGUUCGCAGAUGUGACGCUAGCAUGCGAGUCAAGACAACUGCGAUGCCACAAACUGGUCCUCUCGGCCUGCAGUGCGUACCUCGAGAGGCUACUGCUGCAGAACCCGUGCAAACACCCUAUUGUGCUUAUGAGGGAUAUGAGGUUCAGCGAGAUGCAAGCACUAGUGGACUUCAUGUACAAAGGCGAGGUGAACGUGACACAAGAGGAGUUGCCCAGCCUACUCAAGUCUGCAGAGGCGCUACAGAUCAGAGGGCUGUGCUCGAGCGACAAUGGCGGCUUCACGCAGGAGCUGGGCGCGCGCGCCGAGUGCAAGGACUACACCGUGGCCAGCGAGCAGCUCGUCGCGCACGCCACCGCGCACCGCGACGGGCCCGCCAACGGUGAGCCCGACUCUAAUAAGGCGUCUUGCCCUUCACAACCCACCAACGGCCCGAAGAAGCGCAAAUCCGAGGAGAGCAGUGAAGUCAAAGAGGAGACGGUGGAGGAAGACGGAUUGUUCUACGGCGAGUUGGACAACGAUAAUAUGGAAUAUAACGAGGAUGAGGAACCCGGAAAACCUGGCAGCAGUAUCGGCCAAUCUUCUGGCCGUGGUGCCGCCUACUUGCGCGUGAAACCAGAAAGUGAAUUAUUCUUCCAUCAAACCAAACACAACCUCGCUAAAACAAGUUCUGAGUACAUCGAAAAGCUGUCGAAAAUGAACGCCUCGGAAAUGCAGAAGGAAUUCAGCAAGUACGGCCUCAACACAAAUGUGGCGACGGAAGACUUGCAAAAGCAUUACGAGAAAUCUGAAAAUGAUUAUUACAAAUCGUGGUUGGAGCAAAAUGGCGAAUUGGAAGUUUCCCUCCUGAAAGCGAGUCAAAUUAAAAAAACGAAACCGGAAGUCCGCAACCAGAGAUCGGAAGUUGAAUUAAUACCAAAGACGAAAGACGCCAGUGUUGCCAAUAAAGAAAUUUGCUCUAAAAUCGGAGAGAAAAGUCAAGUGCGUCGACGUGGACGACCGCCCAUUUUUAAAGAUAAAAAUGUAGACAUCGGGGAGACCGUGCUUAAAUCUGACCUAGACCAAUUUUUAGAAGGCAAGGAAGUGAGUUCGUCUGGAUUGUCGCGGAAAGAUCUGGAAAGGGUUAUGAUGGGGAAGUUCAAUCCGAACAGGCGUUACUCCAAUGAGGCGAUGUGGGCUGCUCUCGUGGACGUUAAGAAAGGAGGAAGUAUUUAUAGGGCGGCACAAACCCACAAAGUGCCCCGAAAGUCACUUCGCAACUGGAUGAAAAGGUGCCACAUAAAAUCGUCAUUUCCUAUGCCACAGCAACUAAAGCAAUUCGUUGAGAACAGCAAGAAACAGAAGGAGUUCAAAAACUACGACGGUUACCCGGAAAACCAGAAUUACGGGGAAAAAAGCGGUAACGAAACUGAGCAGUACGAGGGCGAAAUCGAAUUCGGCAAACACUUCCUUUUCAGCACGGUCUCUAGCGAAGACGAAAAUGUUGCCACGCAGAAAAACGACGAGAGUGAGGAGAAUAAAAACGAAGAUGGCAACUCUGCGCUGAACAUGUCGUUGCACGAGUGACGUUCUAUGUUCGAACAGUAACGGUUUUUUUUGGCGAUUACAAUCAGGUUCCAUUUGUUGUACUAGUGACGUUGGCGGCAAUCUGUACACUCCCUCCAAAGUGCAUGGCGCGUCGCAAACUCAACCGACAAUUGCUUUCUGCGCGACUAAAGGGACCAUGCAUUAACGAACAUGUUGGCCGAGUUGGUCAACGUAUUGGCAAUGAAUGUAGGGUGACGGAUGUAAAGAUUUGUAAUAACGGUCAUUUUUAAUCCCCGACGCAAAAAAGUUUAUACAGUGACGUAUGGACCGAUCUCAAAACGUUUUUUUUUUAAAUUUAGACUAGUUUAAUUUAUAUGGCUCUCAGUUCUUUUCCCAGUUAGCGUAAGGAUCUCAGUCAUAAAAUGAAUAUAUAUUUUACUUCCACUUGUUGGAUGGAUUUGUUUUUUUUUCUAUGGAAAUCCGAUGACAUUAGAAUAACACGAUAACUUUGAUCUGAUGCUGCAGCCGGGAUAGUCUACGGACUACCCAACUCAAUUACUUAUAGUAGAACUAUCGUAUUUGGACUCAUAAAUUUGUCUCGAUACCUCACUGAUAGUGGCCAUAUUGAUUUUUUGGAGCACACUGUUUGUCUCGGGGGUUUUUGUUGUUUGUUUUGUUAAGUAAGCAUUCAUAGCAUCAAUAUUAAUGCAUGGUCCAGUUAUAUGUGUGUAUUUUUUAAAUUAUAUUAUUUUGGCAGAACAUAGUGUUAUUUUUAAUGUCGUUAUCGAAGCAUAUUUUGAAUUUGUCAAAACUUUAAAGGACUUAAUGUAAAUAUUGCCAUUCUUUUACCGUUCUCGUUUGACGUGAGAUGUUUAAGCACUGUGCCAAUAAGUACAUUUUGGAGCGGGAGGCCCUGAGACGAAAACGGUUCAUAGGACAUUGUUUUUUUAGCACAGACACUUAUGACGGAUGUCCCAGAGGCGUAUACGAAAAAAACUGCCAAAGAAUAUAAAGCAAAGAUUAUGGAAAAGUGUACGAUAAAAAACCUAGGGGAGUAAGUUUAAAAAAAAACUUAUAUAUAUAUAGUGUGUAUUUACUAUUUAUCCAAAGAUAAAAAAAUCGUGUACAUUAUUUAAAUUUACAUUACAAAAAAAUCUAUUUUAUAU